AGGGAGGAAAGGUACCCAGACGGACAAAGAUCACCCACCCAGGCCUUCCAGAGACACCAGCCAUGGCCAGUCUGAAGCCAGCUCUCCUCCUCGCUCUCCUCCUGGCAAUCUCUUAUCAACACGUAGCAGCGAUGUGUCUCAGCUGUCCGAAGGAGUGUUGCUUUGCAGUAAGGAGAGGGUUGCCGAUUCUUCGUAAAAACAUGGCAUCUUACUACAAGAUCACGAGCGAUUGCUACUUAAAUGCUGUUGUGUUGGUUAUGAAGAGUGGCAGACGGAUCUGUGUUGAUCCCACAACACCUUGGGUGAAAAGGGCAAUAGCAGACUUGCCAGAGAAAAAGUAAGAAGACCCAUUGAAGAACCAGGAAGAAAAGUCUUCCCUGGCAAGAAGGAAGACACCUCUCACUGCUUAUAGCUCUUUUACAUCAGCUUGUCCGCAUCA